AUGGUUUUAGCCUGCUUCAGUCGUAAAACCCAACUACUAAUUAAGACUAUUUCCUUCUGUUUUUUCUCUUCUAGAAGCAGUGCCAAGUUGAUAGCACCAUUGGGAUGCUUGGUCUCUAGGCAAAAGCACACUCUUCCUGACUUGCCAUAUGACUAUGGCGCUCUGGAACCUCAUAUUAAUGCAGAGAUCAUGCAGCUGCACCACAGCAAACAUCAUGCCACCUACGUGAACAACCUGAAUGUUGCAGAGGAGAAAUACAAAGAGGCACUGGCAAAAGGUGAUGUUACAGCUCAGGUGUCACUUCAGCCUGCACUGAAGUUCAAUGGUGGGGGUCAUAUCAAUCACACCAUCUUCUGGACAAACCUUUCUCCUAAUGGAGGAGGAGAGCCUAAAGGAGAAUUGAUGGAAGCCAUCAAGCGUGACUUUGGUUCCUUUGCAAACUUCAAGGAGAAGCUGACAGCCAUAUCAGUUGGUGUUCAAGGAUCAGGCUGGGGGUGGCUUGGCUAUAACAAAGAGCACGGGCGCCUACAAAUAGCAGCUUGUGCAAAUCAAGACCCUUUGCAAGGAACAACAGGUCUCAUUCCUUUGCUAGGAAUUGACGUAUGGGAACAUGCUUAUUAUCUUCAGUAUAAAAAUGUUCGACCUGAUUACUUGAAAGCCAUCUGGAAUGUGAUCAGCUGGGAAAAUGUAUCUUCAAGAUAUGCAACUUGCAAAAAGUAGAAUGGAGUUCUUGCACAGACUACUAAAAUGUCACCACUUCUACUCUGAUACCACUCUUGUAGUCGUGCCUGUGGCUUACAAAUGAAUUGUUCUACUGCGGAAAACACUUAGCUCAUCCAACAAAAGCAUUUCAUAAUCAAGCAAAGUGUCUGCUUGUUUAAUACUGUGAGAGAGGUAUUUACGUAGAUUUUUGAAGCUUUAAACUGUUGUGCAACAAAGGGAGACACUUUAAAUAAUCUUUUCCAUUGCAUAUAGAAACAUAGAUCACCUUGCUGAAGCUUAUUGAGGUAAUGGAUUUCCUUGUUGCACUAAAAUACCUAAGUGGAAACAUACUUCAUGUUGCUAUAAACAAAUAAAACUCAAAAGAAGAAUCUUCUAUAA